CAGGGAUAUCUCAAACUGAAAAUAUUCGCCCGCAGCGCUUUACUGUUGCCAGAGCGUCAAUGGCGGAACUCCGCUGCAGAAGUUAAUAUGACACAAGACAAGCUCCCAUAAGAGGCGACGAGGAUGUCAAUAGAGGCGGAGGCAUUGCUGCAGGAGGCAAAGGAGAGCAUCGAGGCAGCCCAGAACUACAGGAGCGAGCUACAGCAGAGACUGCAUGGACUCAGCCAAGCACGCAAACAGGUACGGGGCAGUGCCAGCCAGACGCGCGAGACUCUGCAACGGCACUUUCAGGAUCUGCAGACUACUGUGAGCCGGCUACUGACUGAGAGGCUGAACAUUCUGCUCCAGGAGGUCGACAGCAUCGAGCUGGACAGCGUCAGCCCCUUAGACGACUGCCAGAAGCUCAUUGAGCAUGGAAUCAGCACAGCCGAUGAACUGCUCAGAGAGGGGGAGGCUGCCAUCCGCUGCGGUGUAAAUGAGAAGGAGGACAAGCUGGGUAGCUUCACUAAGAAAGCCCUGCAGAUCCAGUUAGACAGCCUGCCUGAGGUACCUACACUGGUGGAUGUGCCCUGUCUGUCUGCGCAGCUGGAUGACUCUUUGCUGCACACGUUCCGUACUCAAGUGGCUCGACACGGCAGCGUGGCUUCUUAUCCGCCGGUCCAGAUUGAAGAGCUGGUGGAGAGACCGGGUGGUGUGCUUGUGCGCUGGUGCAAGGUGGAUGAUGAUUUUACCCCUCAGGACUACCGGUUGCAGUAUCGCCGUGGUAACUCUUCUCAGUAUGAGGACGCGUACAUCGGUAAAGACACCGAGUUCCUGGUGCUUCACCUUGACCCGCAUAUGGACCACCUGUUCCGCGUGUGUGCCAGAGGAGAGGGACGAACCGAGUGGAGUCCGUGGAGCAUCCCACAGACUGGUUACACCACGCUUGCACCCCACGAAUGGCGUGCAGGUGUGGAUGGUUACAUUUUAAGCAGUAGGAAAAACAUCACCAUGCGCAGUGACUCGUCGUCAGGUCACGGGGGUGUGCUGUACUCCAACUCCCCCACCUACUUCUGCGGCCAGACCCUCACCUUCAAGAUCACGGCUGCAGGACCAACAGAUAAGCGUGAUAGUUUAGGUGUAUGUGCGGACAGCAGAACUGGCACAGACUCAUUGCAGAGGGACCAGGCUGUCUGCAUCUCCACCAAUGGUGCUGUGUUUGUGAAUGGAAAAGAGAUGACCAACCAGCUGCCAGCCGUCACUGUUGGUUCAUCCGUGACCUUUGACAUGGAAGUGGUCAACAUCUUUCCUGUGAGCAAUAACAAUAACCCUAACGAUAAGGGAACCUUCAAGCUGAGGGUGACGAUUGGCUCAGGGAACAGAGAAGUGGUGUUCGAUUGGCUGCUGGAUCAGGUUGUGGACAGCCUGUUCUUCGGCUGCUCUUUCACGCACCCUGGAUGGAAAGUGCUGGUGUUUUGAUUGGGUUUUUAAGUUAUAAUGAUGAAAACAUGGUAGAAGAUCCAGUGUGCUGGACCAUACCGCAUCAAUGUAUUCAGUUCUGAAUUCAAGACCUCAACUUCCUCCAGAUUUUCACACCGCUUAAGUGUUUUGCUGUCACAUUUUCGGUCAUUUUGCCUAUUAAGCCGUUAUUGUUUCUAAAUUGGUGUUAUGAGAACCAGUUAUCACAGAAUAGCUAAUAACUAAAAUCGAACGUUCUCUGUUCUGUGAUACAAGUCCAGUCACUACUCUAUGGUCUUAUCACAUUCAUACCUGUGUUGUCAUCUUUGCAUAACAGUACAUGUUUGUACAAGAUAGUCCAGUAUAGACCUUUUCUCGCAGGUUAUGUGUAGCGAAGCAUGCUUGCCUGGUUUACCACAAAAUAAUAAAUCCACUGUGAAGUGUACUUCACAAAUAAUAGCAAAUAUGUGCACUAAAUUCAAUGCUCAGACAAUCCUUUCUUCUGUAGGUCACAUGUGGAGAGUACCUGUAAUAUACACAAACCUGUUUCAAUAUUAGAAGCUGAUGUGUUUAGAACAUAAUAGUUUGAUGUACCCAUCAAUUUUUUUUAUUGCUGUUUGCCUGGUACUGACCUCAGUGUUAUUAAGUACCGUUUUGAAUUUUUCCAUCACAAAUGGUAGUGCAAAUGAUUCAGCUAGUUCACAGCUGACACAAUGCUGAUCCAAACAUACCAACACAAUGACGUUUCAAAUAAGAACUGUGAUAUUUCACAGCGUUGUGCCAUUUAUAAGAGCUUUUUUAAAUUGUAUCUUAAUACACGUGUCUUUUGUUCUUACUGUACAAGUUCGUGUUUCAUUAGCGAGUUUGUCUUUUUCUAUAGUUACAUGUUACAUUUGAAGCAUUUUGAGGUUUUUCAUUAAAACAUUAAAUUGUCCCCAUCAAUGACUGUAGAGCCGGAGCGCUGUUGUUUUUCUGAGACAUCCUUUAAGGUACUAAAUAUAAUUCCUCACUGCACAAGAGAACCGUUUGUAAUACGUUUAGCUGUUGUUUGCGCUGGCACACGAGACAAUGAUACACCCACAGGAUGUCUGUUCUAUUAACUCUAUUUAUAAAACUGUGACAGUUCAAUGUAUAUUUACCUCAUUUUGCUUGUGCCUUCUUAGAAAAACUGUUAGGAUUCAACUGAACAUUUGCAAUUUAAUAAACUGUUUGGAACAUUUAGAUGAACUAAUCCUUUGGUUUUUAUUACGUUAACUGCACAGAUUUAAAAAAAUCAAUCAAUACCAUCUGUGAGGUAUCCACUGGGGGAAACAAGUCUUUAUUUUAAAUAGAAAACCUCAAUCACUUGUUUCAGCAUAUUUAACUGACUGAACAAGCUGGUUUCAUAAUGUUUAUACCAUACUCAUGAUAUAGAUUUAUUUUUGACAUCAACUUAUACCAAACAAAUGUGUGUAACUGAUGCUGGUCUUUGUAUGCAAGUAUUGGGAGCAUAAUGCGAGUUAUGUAACCACUUCUAAUAAUUGAUCUCCAACAUCGGUCAAAAAUGAUUACCAUUUUUUAACCAGUGCACAACCAGUCUAAGCAAAGCAGUAAAGAUUGAUAAAAAAAGACUCCCUUCUAUUAAAUCAGAUGCAUACAGCAAGAAAACGGAUGACAUACAUUUUUCAGUUCAAAGCUUGAUAAAACUAGACAAAAAUUGUAGCCAUUUCACUUUGGUCUAAAAUAAUCUUAAUAUAAUCACCUUCAGCAAAGCCAAGUUUAUAGGACUAAACUUAUAUACACAGUACAACAAGAUUGCUCAGAAACACAUGAAUGCAAAGCAAAUUCAAAACAAAUGGGCACCAGAGACAGUUCAAUCCAUGGGAAACAUAAGCAUAAGGAUUAUGCAGAGCAGACACUUUGUGAUCGACUUAAUGCAUUUGGUUGUGACUGGGCACAGUGUCGUGUGCAGUACAAUGUCACCCAAAUGAUACGAACAGUGAACGAAAGCAGCGCUUACUGACGUAAACCUGCUUUUAAAAGUUUUAAA